AUGCAGCAGCCCUUCAACAGGCGCCUCAACAGUGUCCAACAGACCGCUCGCCGCGACCGGUCGAACUCGGCACCUUCACGGCAGGCCGCCGUCAGCUACGAUGAUGCCUACACAUACGCCCUUAGAGUUGCCUACUUACACUACCUGCUCCAGCCAAAGACCAAGCGGAAGCAAUGGGUGCCGGCACCGAAACCUCCGCAACGCACGCACACGACCAAUGUCGGGGAUCUUGUGAAAGAGUUCGUGCCUGGCAACUCGAGCAGUGUCAAGCUUCCGCACGGCAUCAGAGGUGGUCUUGAGAAGCGCAUGCAAGGGGUUAUCACUGGGCAGGAGAGACUACCUGGCUACAACGACCCGGCUGUCAAGAAGACGUUUGCUCAGGCAUACACCGCAUUCACAGAGCAAGGGUUUCGAAAGAGCAUAGACAAGGAUCGCAAGGCAGAGCCUCUGGUGCUCAUGUUCUACUCGUCGGCCACCAAAGCAUGUAUGAUGGGACACACGCCCGGCGACGACUCGUGGAAGCACUUGGUCGACCGGCACCUUGCCUUGUUUGUCCGUCUUCUCAGCAGCCUGCUGCGGGACCAAGGCUAUGAGCAGGCCAAGCCAGAACUGAUGAACAGAUUGACAACAUUGGAGAACAAGCUGCUCACCAACGACCAGAACCUGUCGAUUGGCGGCGAGGGUAGUGCCGGCACUACGAUUGAGGUCAUAGCACCGCUGAGCUAUGAUGUCAAGGACAUGCCUCUGGUCCAGGUGGUUGCCCAGAUCUUCGGCUUAUCACAUUCGGACGUCCAAAGCCAUAUCGAUGCUCAGAAACCCAACUGGACGGAGGAAGCCGCGUUGAAGGAUCUCAAGUCGUACCAACUUCGCUUGAAUUCGAACGCACGCGGCGCGCUCAGGAGCCAAGAUUUCGAUCUGGAGGACGCCUACCAGGACUGGAAGCGAGCCGAAGCGCCACAAUUGUCCCAGAUGAUGUUGGACAUCCUCACAGCCCAGCCCACGCUUGCCAAAACUUCCUCACGGAGCAGUGUCAUUCUCGACAAGCCACUCCCCAGCAAUCCUUCAAGUUACGACGAAGAUCAAGCCUAUGCUGAUCUGAGUAGGGCAUUGUCCAUGUCUGACGGAAGCGCAUUUGGCAUCGAGCACGCUCUAAGUCUGAGCUCGAUAUCGCUUGACGACACGCCGAGCAGCAUCAGAUCGGUAGAUGAGGCCCAAUACACGUUCAUUCCCCCAGCACCCAGAGAUUUCUUCAAAACUAUUGUCAGUUAUGUCCUCGAAUUUGACGCCAUGCACGACAAUGGUAGCGACCAGACCGGGCCGUUCUCCAAACAGUCGAUGGAGCUUCUUACAGAGCUGUGCGUCCGGUGGCGCCUACCGCAAUUCACUCGCCUGGUCGUCUUCGUCGAAAGCGCCGCCAGGCGCUUCACGGACACGCUGUUCUCAGCUGUGGAUCUUGACAAGACUUUUGAUCUCGUCAAAGGUCCCCCGCCUCCGACUAAGAAAGCGCCGCACAUAUUUUUGUGGGAGGAGAACCUCGCUACCAUAGACCGUGGACGCUGGACCAUCAAUGACCACGCCGUGUAUCAGAACACGCUUUCCUCGGUACAUGACGCGCUGCUACGGGAAUUAUACGACAAACUUAUGCAUUGCUACGAACCAAAGCCCCCAACGAUUGGGCCAACCUUGUUUGUGCUUGACAACCAAAUAUACAGCGAUCCUGCAUUCUCCAGGAAAGAGGACGAUGCAGCCGAGUUUGCCCGCAUAUUGAGGGCUGGCCUGGAAGAGCAGGCCGCCAUGGUAUAUCGGGGUUUCUUGGAUGCUGAGAUUCCACAAAGUCAGGAGGAGUGGCAUUUUGGCCACGUCGUUCAAUUGGGGAAGCAAGUCGUCAAGCUUAGCGAGAGGAUCAAGAAGCGGUAUAAGAACAACCCGGAAGUAAUGGGCGUCAAUCCUCUCACAGUCCUGGUCAACACCACUUUCCCAAACUUCGAGAAUGAUGCGCAUGACCUUGUGAGACGGAUUGAUCAAGUCUCCCAGGAGCGUGGAGAGGAGCUCGAUGUUCAAGAGGGAUUCGAGCUGUACAGGGAGCUCGUGGAGAUCAGAACGAUACAUCGAUCAGCGCUUCCCAACAAGCAAUUUUCAUUCGAUGUGGAGGAGCUGCUCAUCAACUAUGUGUGGCGCUGGCUCCAGAAUGCCGAACAGAAGGCUGAUGAGUUCCUGGACGAGGCGAUCAAGCAGGAUCAGUUCCGUGUGCGAAGUCAAGCUGAAGGACAUGUCCCACUGGACGCUGAACGCCACAGCCACUCUGUCAUCGACAUGUUCCAGCUGUUCCACCAGACUGCCGAACAAGUCUUCAAGCUGCAGUGGGCGAAUGACGUUCAUCAUGCUCGGUUCAUGACUGUGCUGGCCAAGAUCUUUGCGAACAGCCUGGCAAAGUACUGUGAGGCUGUGGAUCAGAAAUUCAACCGGGAGAUGGACGAGCAGAGACCUGAGGAGCAGGAAGCUACUGCAGCGAACAAGACUGCCCAGGGACGGUUCCUCCAGUAUGCAAAGGAAGCUUGGAAUGCAAAGGACAAGAUGGAACCAUUCCAAUUCUAUCCCGAGUCUCUUGUCAAACUGAACAACAUCGAGUGGGCCAUGCAGGAGCUCGACAAGCUAGAAAGCUUGAUGAACGUCGAUGCUUGCGCCGCAAUCCUCGAGAAGGUGGAUGGCCCUACCAAGAAGCAAGCGCGACGACCAACGAAGUAUGUCUUUACCAUCAAGCUCGUCGAAGCUGAGGAGAUCAAAGCAUGCGAUCCCAAUGGGACAAGCGAUCCGUAUGUCGUCCUCGUGGACGAAUAUCAAAAGCGACUACAUAAGACACGCGUGAUCAUGAGGACUCUCAGCCCGCGAUGGGAUGAGUCUGUGGAAGUGACUGUGACCGGCGCGCUCAACAUUGUGGCAACAAUUUGGGACUACGACGUCUUUGGCGACCAUGACUUUGUGGGAAGGACGUCAUUGAAGCUGGAUCCCCUUCACUUCAGCGAUUAUCUACCUCGCGAGUUCUGGCUGGAUCUGGACACGCAGGGCAGAAUCCUCAUCCGCGUCAGCAUGGAAGGCGAGCGGGAUGAUAUCCAGUUUUACUUUGGCAAGGCCUUCCGUCACCUGAAACGAACAGAGCGAGAUAUGGUGCGCAAGAUCACGGAUAAGCUCACACGGCAAAUCUACUUGUCUCUGUCCAUGGAGGCUUUGCGGGGCCUUUUGGGUCGCGGCAUUGCCUCGCAAGUCAACUCGCUAUUCCGGCGCACAUCGACGAUACCACAGAUAUCGGAAGCGGAUGUCGUCGGAGCUCUCAAAUCUUUGUUCGACUACUUUGAUGAGAACUUUGCCAUCAUGAAACAAACAUUAACCGAAGCGACCAUGGUCGCUGUCAUGAAGCGGCUAUGGAAGGAGGUCCUCAUGGCUAUUGAAGCACUCCUCGUUCCACCACUAUCUGACAAGCCAUCGACCCAGCGCCCGUUGACUCAGAAGGAGGUCGACAUCGUCUUCAAGUGGCUUGAGCUGCUUUUCGAGUUUUUCAACGCCAAGGACGAGGAUGGCGAGGUGUUGGGUGUUCCGGCCGAAGUGCUCAAGUCGCCUAAGUAUCACGAACUUGCGUCCUUGGCCUUCUUCUACUUCGACACCACCGAUAACCUGAUCCGGUUGUCGGAGCGCAUGACGGCUGCGACCCUCCAGCGGCAGCAGCAACAGCUCCAAGCCACCAACCGUUUGUCCGCGCCGCCGACCCUGGGUGGUGGGCUUGGCGGCGCGGGGCCUGGAUUCGCCUCCAUGGGCACAAUUCGCCGUGGCAAGAGCAUCAUGAUGAGCCGGAAUCUGGGCACAAUGCGCCGCGCCAAGGAGGAGAAACGCAAGGAGGCCCAGGCCGAUCCUUCGGACGACAUGAUCCUGCGUAUCCUCCGCAUGCGGCCCGAAGCUGCCGGGUUUCUACGUGACCGGCACCGCCAGAAGGAGCGCCAGGCCGCGCAGGCCGCUGCGGCGCUCAUCGUCAGGCAGAGUGUGACCCAGGGUUGGAACACAGGCGGUGGAAUGGGCAACUUUGGUCGCGGAGGCGUGCCGCGACGCUGA